GGAAUAUUUUAUUCUAGAAAUUCACGUUUCCUUAUUUCAUUGUUGGUACGCGCCCUUUUUUCCUGCGCACAACCAACUACUCAAAAACUCUUUCUUUGGAAGGUUUCUAUAUUUUUCCCUUCUAUUUAAGCAGAUUUUUGCUACAGUCGAGCUUUUUAUUAAGCCUCGUCUUAUUCGCAAGCGGAACAAGCAUUUCUAAGUCGGGAUUUGCAAAGAUAGUGUGUGGAAGCGUGUUUCAUCCAUUUGUUUUCCAGUUUCAAGAUUUUAAUUUGUUUUCUUUCUUCUUCAAGCGCUUUCUGCCUUGUUGUCCUUUUUCUUUUAUUCUCCCUCUUCUUUGGAAACAUUCUUGAUUCGACAAUGGCUUUCUCUUACCAGCACACUAAUCGCCCGCAAGCCCAGCCUUCUGCGGCUGCCCCCGGCUUUGGUAUGUUUGCCCCCGUUUUGUCUAGCAACAAUGCAAACUCUGCUGCAUCGGUUGCUGCUCUGUUGAGCCAUACUCCCAUGUACGGACUUGGCCAGCGUCGUCCGUCCUUUUUGCCUGGCGUUUCUGUGCCCGAUUCGAUUCCAGGUAAGUCGGGCAUCUCCAUCCCUUCUUCUACCUCUUCCUCCCAUCAUAUCCGUACCUCUUCCAACCAAAACAACGGUGUUUCGGGUGCUUCCGCUGCUCCUUUUCUUUCUCAACACCGUUUACAACAACGUAUCCCUCCUCCUGCUCCCACUGCCCCUUCUAAUUACUAUUGGCCAUCUUACCAACAGUCCGUCCCUGCUCCUGCCCAAUCUUCUCAACGUUAUCUAGCUCCUGAGAAGUAUCCUUUGGCUUAUCAUCCUCCUGCCCAAAAUCCUGCUCUUGGAAACCCCAUGUUGUUGAACCCUUCUGGUCAAGUCUCAUAUUCCUCCUUAAUCCCUGGCUCCCGUGGGACUACUUAUUAUGAUUCUUUACCAAAUGUCGGUACCGUGAAUUGCCCUGUUCCUCCCCAGGCUGUCAAUCCCGCUGCUUCCACAAACGUCCCUACAACCAUGGGCAACCGCUACGAUCCAACAAGCGUCUGCAAUGUUGCGCCUCCUGUUGGUCAGCGCAUGUCUCCUCAUUACCAAGCAGACCCAAACGCCAUGGAGCAAGAUGAUAUCAGUUACACGGGCGGCGUUUCUCCCAACUUGGAUUACAAGAUGGACCAAAUGGUUGAAUAUCUUUCUAUCAUGACUUGCAAACUCUAUGCGAGAUUCCUUAAUAAUGCUAGAAUGCAUUCCUUGGCUACGUCUUUACCUAAUCUAGUCUUUUCUUUCCGUAAGUUUGUCUUGCAAGUCCUGACUUCAACCCGUCUUCCUCGUGCCUCUUGUUUGUUGGCCUUAUCCUACAUUUCGGAUCGCUUGGAUGCUGCUUCUCAGUCUUCCGAAUUCCUUAACCAAUGGACAAAGGAGACUCCCUUCUUCCAAAUAUGUGCAUUGCUUACCAGUGCUUUAAUCUUAGCAAACAAGUAUUUGGAUGACAACACCUUUACCAACCAAUCCUGGUCUCAAGUCACCGGGUUCAGAACCCAAUUACUUAAUAAAUUUGAACAGGAUUGGCUUACAAGCAUGUGUUGGAACUUGAACCCAGGAUCUCGUGGUCAUAAGGCUUGGGAAUGGUGGAGUGCUUCUUAUGCGUUGUUCACUUCCUCCAACAAUGACAAUAUCAAUAAACAUCGUGAUCAAUCUCAAGGCCCUGGUCAGUUCCCUACGAAUUCUUCAACGGUAAACCGUACUUGCUCGGAUUACAAUUAUUACUAUCCCUACUCCCAAGUGGGAUACUUUCCAAUGUACACCCGUUAUGCUAUGACUUAGAAUUCAUUACUGGGUUGAGGGUACAUGGUGCCUUAUAUUUUUUUCUUUUUUUUUAUACUUUUUCCUUUUUUCCUUAGGCGGGUUAAGGAAUUGAAAGACGCUCAGUUUUUCCUUGUUUUUUUUCGUGCUAGUUCGUAUCAGAAAGAAAAAAAAACCAAAAAAAAUGAAAAACUAAAAUUGGUAAAAAAAUCUUUAUAUCAGUAUUAGUUACUUGUUGGACUUUUGUUUGCUUUUGUUUUGUUCCUAUUGGUUUAUUAUGAGCACCUUUUUAAUUGAAUCCAAACACAGGCUAAACCGUUUUCAUUCGAUAUAGAUUUUGCAAUAUACUGAUACUUUAUAUACGUUAUCUGUCAAUUCUCAGGUGCUUGAUGAAAAAAUUCAUCACAAAAUUCUUAUAUUAUCUAGUGUCGGAAGCAAUUGUGUUUGUUUUAGCUGAAGAGCUAUCCACCCUUUGCGAACUUUUGAUUGUCAUCUAUUUUGUUCCUGUUUGGGAAUAGCUCAACUUGCUUUCCGAUUUCUAAGGAUUGUAUUUACAUAAAAAAUAUGGUUUACUUGAUGGCAUUGGUAUCUCUAUGAUCUCGCCCUUGUCAAUAGGUAAAGAACAUGUUUUGCAAUUUCGUUUUCGGCUUUCUUUUCGGCUAUUCAUUUCUACAUGUGAAUGGCGGUAUAAGAAAAAGUAGAUGUGUUCUCUACCUUAUUGAUGUUUUAUUAUCUUUCGUCUAUCAAAUAUAGAGACUAUUUUCAUCAUUAUGCUUAGAUUGCUAUGAGUUGGAGAUAGUGUACAGAACGAUGCUGAUGAAAGGACCUGGGUAGUGUUCUUUUUUCCGAAAUAUCCAUGCUAUUAUCGUCAAACCAAAAUAAGUAAAUAAAUUGUUUUCCUUCCUGUUUCAUAUUAUUUAUCAAUUGAAUAAUUGUAUCAGUAGACUAUAAAAA